UUUUUUGUCAAGGUAAGAAAGUGCAAAUUAAAAUGAGCGAUCGCGAAUUAGAACUUGUUCUAGAAUAUAGUAGACAAACAUACCUCAAAGAAUUAGCAGAAAGAAAAAAAGAAGAAGAAAAAAGUCGAGAAGACGUUGAUUUAUUAAUUAUAGAGAAUCCUGAAGUGCUCGAACAGGAUCGUAAAAUUAAACAGAUUAAACAAAUGUUGUGCGCUAAAAAAGAGCCAGUUGAUUCAUACCAAAAUGUCCCACUUUCCCCUGUACAUUAUUUACCCCAAUCACCAUGCUUUAUUCAACCUCAAUAUACCGGCCAGAUUUUUCCUUUUACAACAAACUUGUGUAAUCAACAACAAUUUCAACUUCCGUCUACUUCAACAGCAAUACAUUUUGAACAACAAUUUCUCCCCUCAACUUCCGCCUCUGUUCCAAACUCUCCCGAUUUUUGGUCUACUAAUUUUAUUCAACCUACUCCAUUGGCUUUAAUGAACUCAAACUUGAUUAAUCCUCUAUCGGUUCAGACGGAUGUAAAAACGCCAGAAAAGAAUUCUUCAAAUUCCUCCUCUUCACUCAAAAUUCCUUUCCAAAAUGGAGAUUUGAUCGAUUUACAGUCACCCAUGAAAGCAUCUUCUUUGACUAUUGAGGAGUUCGAUCCUCUCUACAAAAAAUUGCAGAAAAGUGAAAUGGAAAAAAAUGAAGAGAAUCAACAGAGGAAUACAAAUGAAGAAAUAAGAAAUAAUUUUGAAGAGAAUAUUAAUAAAUGUGUUGAUGAAGCAACAACUGAUAAUAAUUCUAAUAAAAUACAACCUCAACUGCAUCAACAAAGGUUACUCGCUUGUGAUGACUUCAAUACACGUCAAGAAUUGUCUUGUGAUUUUUACAAAGAGAAACAAUUACUUUAUGAACGUUCACCUCGAAUUCGAACUUGCUCAAAUAAUAAUUCGCAAAAUGUUUUCUUUCUUGCUCCAGUACUUGAUUAUUUUGUAACACCAGUUGACACAAUUAAAUUACAUAUUCAUCAAGACGAUACAUGGCCCCGAGAUACACCUGAAGAAUUGCAAUCUUUCGAGUUAGCUUGUGCUGUUAAGAAAACUACCGAUGAAAUUCUUCUUGAAGUAUUGAUAAGGUUGCUUUCACAAGAAGAAAUUCAGCGUAAUGAAGGCCAAAUCCCGCUUAACGAUUAUGCUUUAAAAGUGUUUGGGACUGAUGAAUUUUUAGUUCCAGAUGCACCAAUAGGCAAAAAUUUAUUUGUGGCACAAUUUUUAGCGGGUGGAAAAGAUGUGGAUUUGGAAGUUGGUCGUAAAAUAUUGCCAAAAAUAAAAACUAAUAAUAGAUUAAUUUCAAGAACAAUUUCAACAAAUCAGACGUUGAAUGAGGAAUUGUUUACCAAUUUAGUCCAAAAUUUGACCAAACAUUUAACUAAUUGUUUAGCUGAUCCAGAGGAUAAAAAAUUACGUCAGCCUGUUCUGCAAUCUAUUAAAUUAUUAACCAACAGAACAAACAACGUCCAAACAUCAGAACUUGUUUCUGCUAUUGAUCUUCUUUAUUCAGCCAACAAUUUAAAUUUAUUACACGAAGCAGUCAAUUUUAUAAUAACUUCAUUAAUUCAUCUUUUUCGUGCUUAUUGUUGUUCUUCUCUAGCAGAUUUUUCAAUAAAUACAGACCCCUUGGGUUUAAUUGAAUCCUCUUCAAUUCGAGAUAGUGCUCUCUGCAAUGAGAAAUUGCUUAUAAGUGUUGAAUCUGCACACAAUUUGCCAAACUCUUGGAAAUCUCUUUACAAGUCUUUUUACCUUGAAAUGCAUUUAAUGUAUGGUCCAAAUUCUUUUGGCCGUUGUAAAAGUUUGGCGAAACAAAUUGUGAAUAAACAUGGCUUUAAAUUUGUGCCUUUUCAACUUUGGAAUGAUUUUGAUGUUUACAUCCCUUAUCUGCCUCGUGAAGUUCAAAUAUGUUUUAUUUUGUGUGGUGUCCCCGUAGUUGGAGAUGAAUGUUCAACAACAACACAUAAUGAAUUAUUUAGUAGCAGCAGCAGUUCUUUAAUUGCUCCACAUUAUUUAAGCAAUGAACAUUUAACUUUAACAAACAAUACAAACAAUGAGAAAAGACUUGCUUUUGCCAAUUUACCUUUAUUUAAUAUUGAUGGGUAUGAUUUUUUUACAUAUAUUGGGGUCUCUUUAACUUAUAUUACCUCACAAUUUGUUUCAGUCGGAGAGUUUGACUUUUUAAUUGCCUUAAGCAAAGCUAAGGCAGACUUCUUUCAAGGGUGUGCCUGAAAUAAGUCUGAGCCAAAAUUUCACCUUUUUUGUGUUUCGUCUUUUCGGCUCUUUUCUUGACUUCCACCUUUUCGUUUUUUGCUUUUUAAAAUCUUUUGGCACAUCUCUGACUUGUU